CCUGGCAAGCAGAGUGCAUAGGUUUGCCCUUAGUCCAGGAAAUGGAAGCUCAAUGGAUCCUGAGCGCUUGCGUCGCCCUCUUCACUGCUGCGCUAUGGCGAUUCAUGACGGUCUACUGGUGGCGUCCCAGAGCAAUUGCUGCCCAGCUGAAGAAGCAAGGGAUUCGGGGGCCUCCUCCCACACUCAUGGCAGGCCAGAUGCUUGAAAUCCGGAAGACAAUGGCCGCAAUCAGGGAUCACGACAUGGAAAGUUUCAGCCAGGAUAUUGUUCAUCGAGUGCAGCCAGGAUUCCACAAAUGGAACAAGCAAUAUGGGAAGCGAUUCGUGUAUUGGUGGGGAACAGAGCCGAGGAUAUCAGUCUCUGAACCUGAGAUCGUAAGGGAAGCUUUGUCUAAGAAGUUUUCGCAUUUUGAGAAGUCGGACAUGUCGGUUUGGUUCUUGACCAUGUUUCUGGGUCGUGGGUUGGCUUCCGUUACUGGAGAAGAAUGGAGUCACCACCGCCGGCUUGUAGCACCGGCAUUCUUUCAUGAACGUAUCAAGCAAAUGACCGGUACAAUUGCAACUUGUGCUUCUGUUAUGCUUGAUCGAUGGGAAGCUAUGAUGCAGCAGCAUCCCGAGAUUGAAAUCUCUGCAGAGGCGCGCAAGCUCACAGGAGAUGUUAUCUCGCAUACAGCAUUUGGGACAAGUUAUCUCAAAGGCCAGAGAGUUUUUGUGAUUUUGACGAAGGAAAUCCCAGAUUUGUUCCCCAUACUCUUCAGGUUUUCCUGGAUACUACCGGGUUUCAGGUUUCUGCCGUUUCCAGUCAACCUUAAACUUUGGAAGUUUCAUCAGGAGUUGGAUUCGUUGAUAACUGGGAUCAUAGAUGAGCGUCGAGAAUCUGUGAAGUGCGGGAGGAGCGAUUCAUAUGGCAACGACUUGCUUGGGUUGAUGCUAAAGGAGUGUGACAGCAGCAACAGUAAGUUCACAAACAAGGAUUUGAUAGAGGAAUGCAAGACCUUUUACUUUGCGGGGCAUGAGACCACAGCGUCAUUACUAACUUGGACGUUGAUGCUGUUGGGAGGCUAUCCUGAAUGGCAAGACCGUGCUCGAGCAGAGGUACAUGAAGUCUGUGGUACCGAGACACCUGAUGGCGAGAAUGUUAGCAAGCUCAAGCUGAUAGGAGCGAUCCUUUACGAGACUCUGCGGCUGUAUCCACCCGCAGUCGAGAUGACUCGGGAAUGCAUGGUGGAGACUUGGCUACAGGAUUUGCAUGUACCAAAAGGAGUGACUUUGGCCUUCCAGGUUAUUGGUAUGCAUCACGACAAGGAGCUCUGGGGGGAAGAUGCAACUGAGUUCAAUCCGGAUCGGUUCAAAGAUGGGAUUUCAAACGCAUGCAAGCAUCCAAAUGCUUUCAUACCCUUCUCGCUUGGCCCUCGAGUGUGCGUAGGCCAGUCGUUUGCGAUGAUUGAAGCCAAAGUCAUACUGGCUAUGAUACUGCAGCGGUUCUCAUUCCGGCUUUCACCGAACUACCGCCAUAAUCCUGCAAUGAAGUUUGGUUUGAAGCCAAUCCAUGGGGUGCCGCUUGUCCUCGAGACUGUAGGACGCUUUCAAGAAAGUUGAAGAAACAGAACAAUAUCGAUAUGUAGAGAACGAUAUAUAACCAUAUAGAUCUGUGAAACGAAAUAAGCUGAAAACCCACUGUCUGGCGAGCUUCUGAGCA